AUGGAGGGCGCCAGAGGGUGGGAGUGGGAGUGGGAGUGGGAGUGGGAGGCGGGCCUCGUGGUGAUAGGAAGGGAGAGGGUUGGGAGGAUCCCGUGGUGGCUGGCCACGGAACGCGCUCUGGCUCCAGGCAGGGACGCGAAGAAGAGCGGCGGGGGCGGAGUCGGCAAGGGCGCAGGUGUGACGAGAGGAGCGAUGCUGGAUCGGGGACGCAAGAAAGGGAAAGAGCGGGCGAGAGGAGACAGCGGGGUGGAGCAGGAGGAGCGUGGCUGA